AUGCGUUUUGGAAAGACUCUUCGGAACUCGGUGUAUCCUCCGUGGAGUGGGAAAUACAUCGACUACCAUAAGUUGAAGGUGCUCUUGCGGGAGCAGGAUGUGACAGGCGAAGAUGCCAGUGACUCGGACGGGCUCUCGUGGACGGAGCAGGAUGAGGAGGCGUUCGUGCAGGAGUUGAUCAAUGUUCAGUUGGACAAGGUCAAUGCCUUCCAGGUGGAGAUGUCACAGCGAUUGAAGGAGCGGACAUCGGCCUGUGAAGCGAAGCUGCGUCCGCUGGUGCCCAAUCCGGAGCAGGAGGAGCCUGUGACGGAGGAAGAAAAGCGGAAGGCGAUCGCGUCCGAGGUGCUGCAGGAGCUGGAUGGGAUUGCCAAAGAAGUCACAGAACUGGAGAAGUACAGCCGGAUAAACUUCACUGGCUUCCUCAAGGCCGUGAAAAAGCAUGAUCGGAAGCGUGGGCCACGCUACCGCGUCAAGCCUCUGUUGCAGGUGCGAUUGUCGCAGCUCCCUUUCAACACGGAGGACUACUCGCCCCUCGUCCACAGACUGUCGGUCAUAUAUUCGUUUGCCCGGCAGGUUCUCAGCGAGGGUGUUCCCGAGUCUGAGGAAGUGACAGCUGAGUCUCGGUUCGGCCAUGACGCCUACUCUUCGUACAAAUUCUGGAUCCACGCGGAUAAUAUCCUAGAAGUGAAGACUCACAUCCUUCGGCGGCUGCCCGCCCUCAUUUACAACACACGGUAUCCGAAGGAUCCAGCCACAAUGCCGGAAGAUCCCGCCAUCACCUCGAUCUAUUUUGACAACCCGCAGUUUGACCUGUACAAUCAGAAGGUUGCCAGGGCACCCGGAGCCGGAUCUCUGAGACUGCGAUGGACAGGCCAGCUGCAAGACAAGCCGCCCAUUUUCCUGGAGAAAAAAAUCGCCACGGAUGAUGACCGAAGCCGGGUGGUCAAAGUGGAAUUGAAGGAAAAGCAUGUGAAGGAGUUUUUGCAGGGCGACUACAAACUAGACAAAAUAGUCCACCGCAUGCAGGACAUGGGCGAGGUGGAGUCGGCGCACGCAGAGUCAUUGAAAAAUGAUGUGGACGAGCUCCAUUCGUUCAUCAAGGAGUUCAACCUGCAGCCCAUGCUUCGGGCCAACUACACGCGGACUGCCUUCCAGAUCCCUGGCGAUGAUCGGAUCCGCAUUUCGCUUGAUACCAACCUGGCGCUGAUUCGGGAAGACUCGCUAGACCCAGAGCGUCCGUGCCGCGACGAAUCCGAGUGGCAUCGUGCUGAGAUCGACAAGGCGGGGAUGAAGUAUCCUUUUAGUACCAUCCGCACAGGCGAGAUCGUCCGGUUCCCCCAUGCUUUGCUGGAGAUCAAGCUGAGGGGAAGCGCGCACAAUGCCGAGUGGGUCAAGGAUCUGAUGGUCUCCCAUCUCGUCAAGGAGGCGCCCCGUUUCUCGAAAUUCCUGCACGGCAUUGCCCAGCUCUUUGAAGACUAUGUCAACAGCCUUCCUUUCUGGUUGAGCGAGUUGGACAAUGACAUCCGUCGCGAUCCCGAGACUGCCUUCCACGAGGAGCGAGAGAGAUUAGCACAGCGAGCAGAGGAAAACAUGGCGGUAGGAAGCUUCAUGGGCACGAUGGGCAGCCCCUCGAUCCGGCCCGCCAUGGGCACCACCACUGCGAUCUUUGCGGAGGCCGCCUCUCCAUCGAGCACGAGAAGAUAUUCGCAGGCUGUGCAAGCGCGGCCUCAAGCUACCAUCCCGGCGCCUCCUCCGCCCGGGGCCGAUGAUACCGCCGCAAGCUCGGAGGCCGAAGACAACGCUGCCCCCCCUUCCUCCCGCUUAAAGUCACUGUUCCCCUCGUUCAUGCGUAACGGCCGUCGCGGCCACAGGGACUCGGUCGUCCUGCCGUCUGGCGUCCGGCAUCCGGGAGUCUGGAUCAAGGACGCGGGUCCUGUCCGGGUGGAAACCAAGGUGUGGCUUGCCAAUCAACGAACCUUCAUCAAGUGGCUGCACAUCAGCAUCUUACUCGCCUCGCUCUCCCUGGGCCUGUACAACGCUGCCGGUAAGCACAACGAUAUCGCCCGCGCUCUCGCGACCGUCUACACCUUCUUCGCCCUCUUUGCCGCCGCGUGGGGAUGGUACAUGUACGAAAAGCGGGCCAGGCUCAUCCGGCAGCGCAGCGGCCGCGAUCUGGAUAACCUCGUCGGGCCUAUUUUACUACUACUACACAAGGCUACAUUCUCUUCAACACAUACCACCAUGACAGCCUUCGAUAUCCAAAUCGUCUCGGAUACAGUGUGCCCGUGGUGUUACGUCGGCUUCCGCCGCCUGUCCCGCGCGAUAACAACCCACCGAAGCCAGUAUCCCACCGACACCUUCCGACUAACCUGGCGAGCAUUCUACCUUAACCGCGAGUCACCGCCGUUCCCGGGCCAGGAUAAACAUGAGAUGUAUCGAGCGAAAUUCGGGGCGGAGCGCACCGCAGCAAUGGGGGCUCGGUUAGCUGUCGUCGGGGAAGGGGAGGGGAUCAAGUUUCGCUUUGGGGGGAGAACGGGCCGGACAAGAGAUUCACACCGGUUGAUCUGGUGGGCGGGGGAGAAGCAAAAGAUUGAUUCAUCAUCUUCUACGACUGAGUCUAAGGCCGAGUCUAAGGCCGAGGAACCCUCCAUCCAAACUCUUGUCGUCCAGAAUCUGUUCCGCGCCUACUUUGAAGAAGAAAAGAAUAUCACAGAUCGUUCCGUCCUGCUUGAGGCCGCCGUGGAAGCAGGCCUCCCCGCCGACGAGGUCGAGGCCCUCCUUGAUUCCGACCGUGGUGGUGUCCAGGUCGACGCCGAGGCAGAACGCGCCCGCCAGCGCCUCGUCUCGGGCGUGCCCUAUUUCACCGUCCAGGGCAGGUAUGCCAUUGAGGGAGCGAAUGAGCCGGAGACCUUCCUCGAGGUGUUUGAACGCAUCAAGAGCGAGGAUGCUGCAUAA